CUAGUUAGCCCUCGCUGUGUUUAGCAGUUCUAUGAGGUGCUUCUGUCUCUGAUGAUCGCAAAGCUUCGUGAACAAGUUUAUUCGAUUAAUAAUUGAUUUCUUUCUUGAACCCCCGGCGUCUAGGUGUGUUGUGAAACUGAUUUGUCAGGAUGGCGAGUGGAGAUGACAGUGGUCUCCGUCACCGAACUCAUCCUGAACCGUCUACUCUCCCCGGCUUGAAUAAUUCUUUGCUUGGCGACCAUAAUGGAGAUCAGCAGCAAGGCGGCGAUGGCAAACAUAUCGCUCGUAACGGAAAAUUUGAAGUUGAACAUGUGAUCAGCAAGAAACUGCAACUGAAAAAGAAAGCUGAGCGCCUGAAGAGUGAUCUGAUGCGUCAGUUUGAGAGCCAGGUCAAUGAAUUCAUGGACAGUCUUAUCGAGGAGUCGGCUACCCUGGAGUCUGCUCCUUUACCUCCUGCCUUCACACCCCCACAGUCAGACAAGGAGCGGGGCAAACUAAGGCAUCUUCAGCCUCCUCAUGGCCAAGGCAAGCAGUUUGUGAGUCGUAGGUCCCUCCUCGACGAGCUGUUUGAGGUGAAUCACAUCAGGACUAUAUAUCACAUGUUUAUUGCCCUGCUAAUUCUCUUCAUCCUCAGUACUCUGGUGGUAGAUUUCCUCGAUGAAGGCAGACUUGUUCUGGACUUUGACCUGCUGGUGUACGCCUUCGGACAGUUCCCCUUGGUGGUGUGCACUUGGAUCUGCAUGUUCUUGUCAGUAUUACUGGUUCCGUACGUUUUGUUCGUCCUGUGGUCACAGAGUCAGUCUGCGGCUGUUCGUCACCCGAAGCUGUACAGUCUGUUUUUUGGUUCUCUGUUUGUUCUCUAUCAAACACUGGGCCUGGGCUUCCUGCCUACAUAUGUAGUGGUGACCAACAGUUUUCCACCUGCAUCUUGCUUCAUCAUCAUAAUGGAGCAGGUGCGUCUCAUGAUGAAAACAUACUCCUUUGUUAGGGAGAAUGUACCAAAUGUACUGAUCCGGGCUAAAGAAAAGAAUAGUCCUGGUCCACUGGUUCCUCAGGUUUCUCAUUAUUUGUAUUUCCUGUUUGCACCCACACUCAUCUACAGGGACAAGUAUCCCCGGAACCCAGUAAUCAGAUGGGGUUAUGUGACCACAAAGUUCCUUCAGGUACUUGGCUGUCUGUUCUAUGCCUAUUACGUGUUUGUGCGACUGUGUAUCCCUCAGUUCCACAGCAUCAGUCUGCAGCUCUUUGACCUGAGGGCCAUGGUCCUCUGUGUCUUUAACUCCAUUCUGCCAGGAGUGCUGGUUCUCUUGCUGGGAUUCUUUGCCUUCCUCCACUGCUGGCUAAAUGCGUUUGCUGAGAUGCUUCGCUUUGCUGAUAGAAUGUUUUACAAGGAUUGGUGGAAUUCCACCUCUUUUGCCAAUUAUUACCGCACUUGGAACGUAGUGGUCCAUGAUUGGUUGUACUACUAUGUGUACAGAGACUUCCUCUGGGUGUCUCAGAAGCGAUUCAGGCCAGCAGCCAUGCUGUUUGUGUUUACAGUGUCUGCAGUGGUUCACGAGUACAUUCUGGCAGUCUGCUUUGGCUUCUUCUAUCCUGUGCUCUUUUGUCUUUUUAUGUGCUUUGGAAUGAUGUUCAACUUCAUUCUGCAUGAUCAGAGGAAAGGUCCCGUCUGGAAUAUAAUCAUGUGGACUUCCCUGUUUCUGGGUCAAGGAGUCAUUAUUUCUCUGUACUCUCAGGAGUGGUACGCCCGGCGUUCUUGCCCACUGAUAGAGCCUUCAUUUGUAGAUUUGCUGAAGCCUCGAUCCUGGUGCUGUCAUUUUCUGGGUGGUAAGACGGCAUGUUCUGAUGGGCUGUAAUCUCUCACUGAAGAGAACAUCACUGAUCAGUAUAACUUUGACCAGCAGUGUGGGAUGGGG